GUGGCUAGCUAAAAGCCAAGGCAAAAUUGCUAGUGUUACCUACUUCAGCAAAAAACGAAUAUUUAUAUUUAAAACAGUUGGCACUAUUGUUCUAUGCAGCUCUUACUGCAUUUGAGAGUCUUCCCCAGCUACCUAUAUGGAAAAAUACUGGAUUUCAGCGGUUGACUCUGGCCGUGUUGUUAGUGAUGCUGUGAGCAGCUUUGGAGUGUAAACAUUGAAUCACGAAGGUGUGCCACCAUAGCGGAAACCGAAAGAGAACGUGCUGUGAUAAAAAAUGGGAGAAAAAAAGCCAGAGCCACUGGAUUUCGUGAAGGAUUUCCAGGAGUAUUUGACCCAGCAAACACACCACGUCAACAUGAUCUCAGGUUCUGUGGUUGGCGAUAAAGAACCAGAAGUGCUUCAAGGAGGUCCGCAGUCAGAGGAUGGAGAUGAAGGAGAUAGUGUAGAGUACAGACCUAUGUUCUGUUUACCGGCAGCCGGGACAGAGAAUGACCAGAACGGGCUAGACCACCCGUCUGUGGAGGUGUCCCUGGAGGAUGGGGCAGGGAUGUUGGUGGACGGCUUUGAGAGAACGUACGAUGGCAAGCUCAAAUGCCGGUACUGUAACUACGCCAGCAAGGGCACGGCCCGGCUCAUCGAGCACAUCCGGAUCCACACAGGAGAGAAGCCCCACCGUUGUCACCUGUGCCCGUUCGCCUCGGCGUACGAGCGCCACCUGGAGGCGCACAUGCGCUCGCACACGGGCGAGAAGCCCUACAAGUGCGAGCUGUGCUCCUUCCGCUGCAGCGACCGCAGCAACCUGUCGCACCACCGGCGCCGCCGCCACAAGCUGCUGCCCAUGAAGGGCGCGCGCUCCGCCCUGUCCAACAAGAAGAUGCUCAGCGUCCUGCAGAAAAAGACCGGCUCGCUGGGCUUCGGCCGGAGGCUCCUCAUCAACUUCAGCCCGCCUUCCAUGGUGGUGCAGAAGCCCGACUACCUGAACGACUUCUCUCACGAGCUGCCUCACCUGCACCCGGAGGCCUACGAGGGCAUGGGCAAGGGCUCCAGGGAUGGCCACGACAUGCUGGCCGACAACCCGCUCAACCAGCUGUCCACCCUGGCCGGGCAGCUGGCCAGCCUCCCCUCCGAGGCGCAGACGCCCGCGUCCCCCGACGGGAUGUCGUGCCAGGACGAGAAGCCCUUCCUCCUCCAGCCUCCGCCCGGGGCCCCGGCGUCCACGUCCGGGGGAGGGCCCCAGACCUCCACCCCCACCUCUCCGGAGCCCCGGCCCCCGGGGCACAGGGCCUACAGCCCGGCGGCAGGGCCCAGCAGCGAGCACAGCGGCCGAACCAGCACGCCCAGCAUCAGCAACAGCCAGCCCAGCACGCCUGCCCCCGCCCCGGCCCCCGGGGACCCCCAGCUGCUGCACAGCUGCCAGCACUGCGACACCUACUUCGCCGACAACAUCCUCUACACCAUCCACAUGGGCUGCCACGGCUAUGAGAACCCCUUCCAGUGCAAUAUCUGCGGCUGCAAGUGCAGGAACAAGUACGACUUCGCCUGCCACUUCGCCCGGGGGCAGCAUAAACAGUGACUGCACGGGGUCGGAGGAACCCAGUGACAGCAGGUUGUUUUUCUUUUGUUUUUUAAGAAAGAAGCUUAAUUUAUUGGGUUUUUUUAUUACUUGUUUUUUUUCUUUUUUGGCUUUUUUAAAUUGGGAGAUUUGGUUUUAUUCAGGGUUUAAUACGGAAAGUGAAACAUUUCCUUGUUUUGUAUUUUCGAGAAACAAACUACAAAAAAAACAGCCUCAACCUGUUUUGGUUUUAAGUCUGGGAAACUACUCUGUAUGAGGAAAUCAGGUGAGAGAAUAGGGGAACCAUUACUCUUAUCCCAAGCCCUAUCUGGUGUCUUCAGUCACGAGGAUGUAUCAUCCAAAAUGGCUGUUAGGGGAAUAGCGUUACUAAGCACAGAGUGCAGCUUAAACAAUACAAUGUUCCCGCUGGUGACGACUGCGAUUGUUGCUCCUGACAUCCAGUCAAAAGAAACCAUUAACAGAAGAACAGACUGUUAAAGUGGCUCUCGUGACGCAAACAUUUGUCUCCAGUCUUUAAGAUGUAGCACAACGCACAGUACCUAUACCGGAGUGGCCCAUGUAUUCACAUUCUCACAGUGUGAACACCCAUCACAAGAGUGCAUUUCUAAACACCUGUUGCAUUAUAGAAGAGAUCAUAUAGGAACUUACAAUGACACAUUUUAUAUACACUCACAAAGAAACUUAUCUCUUAAUUAUUUAACAGUGUUGAGACUGAUCUUGUAAAGGCAUUUGGGAUCCAUGUGUUGUGACUGACAGCAAGGGGUUUAUGGGGACUCCCGGAGUUAAAUGUUGCGUUCAUAGGCAAUUUUAUAAGUUCUUUUGCAUGAACAUGGUGGUCAAGUAAAUGAUUGACAGUAAUCACCAUAUUUUUAUCUGGCUUUAACACAACAAACACAAAACACUCUAUCUUUCUGGACAGAUACGAUGGAUAUAUAUUAAUUACGGAGAAUUAAAUUAAGUUCUUAAUGGAUAUAUUUCCACAGGAAUGUUCAAAAGGCUCAUUCUUUUUUAAAAUUAUUUUUUAAACAAGUGAAUGUAUGCUGAAAUUUGGUGUUUAGCCAUGCAGAAUUUCAGCUGUAUAACAAAUAUAUAAUUGCGUUUCGACUGUUUUAACCAGGUUAAAGCAAAGAAACCAGUUUCAUCCCACUUUUUGGGGGUCAUGUCAGGCUGAACCCUGACGUGACAAAGAAACAUUCCCUGAACAUCCUGUUCAAUAUUUAUAAUGUGUCAAUCAAGGUGAAGGACAUAGCUUUCCCUCUGUAGAUCCAUGUGUUAGGCUGAAGCUAGCUCUGUUUUAGCUAACAAAUUAGCAUUUUGUGAAAAUGCAUCAACUUAUCCUGGGAAAAAAAUUUAAUGAAUAUAUAUAUAUAUAUAUACAUAUAUGGAUCAUAUUCAGAAUAUAAAAUAUUCUGAAAAGUUGAGUCUUGUGAGUUCAUCUUCAAGGUUAUAUCUAAACCACUCCAGUUUCUGCCACACAAGGUUGGAUAACUAGGCUCCAAUAAUAUUGCCUUUUUGAAGUUGCUUGGUAGCACUUUAGUGUUUGUUCUACAGUACACUUCAUAAUAAAACUCCCUUAACAUUGGACUGUUUCAAGAUGAUUCCAUCGUCAUGUGUCCCAUAUUAGUAAUCAUUAGAUGCAUGUUGUGAGCCGAAUAAUUCAACAGAUUGAAGCUAGCCAAGGAACAUAACACAAAAAACUAAGCCUUUAAGAACUUGAAUUACUCAUCAUUUCAAGGCCAAAGUAUUCUAAACCUUUUAAAAGUAUUUUUUUAAAUAGCAUAUUUUAAUAGCAUUGUAGCACCUCUAUUGAAUCACUGUAGUGUUCUUUACAAUCAGCAGUUUUAACAGUUGUAUAUGUUUGCGUAUUUAUAAUGAGUUGCACAUUUGAUCAAGUGUGUUUGUUAUCAGUUCUUAUACUGGUUUGUACCAAUCUUUCACACAAGUAAUGCUGACACAUUUCUGGAGAGAAAAAAAGAUUGGAUGUUAUAGAUGUGAUGGUAUCAGGUACCUUGUACACUUUUUUUAAAUUUCUUUUAUAUACAGCCCUCUAAAGAUAUUUAUGUUUGUUUGGUUUGUAUACAGAUUACCAAAUAAUAUUUUUGGUGGUACUUUUAUUACAGAAGGAAUUUCCUGAAGCAGAUGUGUGAACAUAACUCUGAACCUUCAGUGAGUUAACCCAUUAUGGACUAAGGCACCCCAUAGAAAACCCAUAGAAAGGCUUAGGAAUCACAACGCAUUUCAACGGUCAUGUGUCUUGAAAAACGGUCAUAUGAUCAAAUACAACGCUGGCGCUACAUCCGUCUGUUAGGGAGAUGUAACGCGCAGGUCGCAUCCGCCCAUAAGGGGUUAGUUCAAGCUAAAUAUAGGUUUUACAUUUUGUAUUUAAUAUCCCCAAAACCUCUGUGGGUUACUGGAUAACCAUACUUUUAUUUUUAAAAAGCCUUCAGCGAUAACUGUCACUGUUCAGUUGUAAAAAGUUUUAUGACUCGUCAAGCUAUAUAUUUAUGAUUUUUUAUUUUUUAUUUUGCUAAUUAUGUUACCAGGCAGAUACAAAACAUAAAAAUCUUUUAGUUGUACAAAAUGGAACUGACCUGCUUAUAAGACUUUGUAGUUGGUGCAAAUCAACCUUACAUCUUGAAGUACCGUAUUUUCCUAUCCUAUUCCUAUUUCCGUAUUUUCCUAUCCAAAUAAAAAUAUAUCUAUUUAAGGGUGCAGUAUACAAGUUUUCAGUCCCAACAUUGCAUCAACAUUGAAAUACAAAUCAAAAUUCAACUGGAGUUUACUGAAAUUGGGAAAACACGUUCUGAGAAUUUGGAUCAGCAGGAUUUUGGAGGUUUCUAAAUUCGUCACUUGCAGUGAUAUAAUUUUGUUUGCAAACAACAAAAUCCAGUUUAAAAACAGAGUCAUUUAAAAAUGCAAAUUUAGGAGAAAUAAAAUCUCAUUCUGUUGGCUGCACAUUUAUCAAGGUCAUUUAGCAGCAAUUGGUUGAAAAAAGUUGCCUACUGCACCUUAAAUUCUUUAUAUAUUUUUUCUCCAAACGCAAAUGAGCUAUUGUCAAAUUAUGGUCAGCAAACUCCAAAACAAAGUUACAUAUUUCAUGUUUCCUUGCCUUGAAUUUUGUUACAAGAUGAACAGUUUAUUGAAAUGAAACCGUGAUGACUAUCUUUCCUUUCAUGUCUGUCGGUCCAUUAUCCUGACCACAGCUGAGUAUUUGGUUCAGGAUUUUUGGGUUGGUCACUGCACUAAGAGCUUGUGCUUCAGCUGGCCGUUCCACCUCAUUGAGAGACCUGCAAUACUUGGUUUAUCUAUGUGGAUAUCCAAGGUCUAACAUUUCUCUGUUGUGAUUACAAGUUCUAGACUUGUAGCUCUGUUGAAGCUUUUGUGCUUUCUGGUAAUGCUAUAUCCUGUCACUCUGCUUUUCUUGCUAGAUUAAUCCCUCAGUAAUUGUUGCUUUGUGUUGAAUGUCCAUGAGCAUAUUUCAAUUUUUUAUACUCUUGAAAAUAAAAUGAGUUCACUGUUUGUUGCUCUAUGUUACUGAAAGUCAUAGAACUAUACUUAUACUGAGUUAACAACUUUUGUUAUUUCACUCCUACUGGAACAAGACAACAGAAGAUUGUUGUUUUUAUUGGAACAGUCAACAAGUGUGGAUUAAUAUUAGCACAGUCUUGCAAGAAAGCUGUACUGAUUAGGAUUCAGCAUAACCUGAAAAAUAUAUUUGGGGAAAUAUGACUUGAGCCAGCUAAUCAACUUGAUCAAAGUAAAAUGCAGUGGAUAAUUUGGCAAACCAACCAAAACUUUUUUAAACAUUUAUAACAGAUAUAUCUUUUACUGAAAAAGCAAGAUUCCCUCCUAUGGUAAUUGUAUUCAAGGUUAAUAUUAAAAUAAGGCCAGUGAAGACACCCAUAACUUCUGAUAGUUAUUGUUAAACCGAUGGCACUUAACUUGCACAUCAUUUUUAAAAGAAAGCCGUUUUUAUUGGAUUAAUCACACAUCAAUUGAUACUUUAAAUGAUGUAACUUGUACAAGAAAACCUGUUCAAUGUUGCUACUAUGAAGGAUGCAGUAAUGGAAAGAUUGUGUAUAUUUAUUUAGUUCUAGGGUCAUCUGACUUUCUCGGGUGAUUCGCCAGUUUGAGUAUUGUAAGCACAUCUUCAAAAAAGGCCUUUAUUAUUUCAUAGCAAAUUUGGUGAAGGCCACCUUUGCUUUAUUACCAGUACUAAGACUGAGAUUAUUGUUAUUACUUGCCUUGACUCAAAGUAAAUGUAGGACCAGUUUCACAGACAGAUUGAGCCAAUCCUUGAGUAAAUUCAGUUUAAAUAGAGGUUCUCUGUACAAAACUCAAUUUAGUUCAGGGCUGAGCUUAAUUUGUGUCUGUGAAUCUGGCCCAUUGUGUAAGUAAAUGGACUUUUGUUAUUUUGGUUAAAAAAAGACACCAGGUUUUCUUAAUUGUUCUGGUUUCAGAAUGUUGUCUAACCAGCGUGUGCUGAUUCAGUUUGAAGUAGAAAAAUCAUAGUGGCUGUUAACUUCUAACAUGUGGAUGGAACAUGGAGAUGUGCAUUACAUUCAAGAGACUAGAGAUUUCUUUAUUUGUAACGUGCAGAUGUGUAUUUUCAUCAAGAGCCUUUUUAUUUUGCCUGGAAGUGAAGUGUCACUUUUUGAGACUGUAAUGUCAUGAGUAAACCUUCAGUAGUGUUUUAAUAUAUAGAAUGUUAUAUGUGUGUGCAUAACACCAUUUUGAAAUGCGGCUGCUGUUCCCUCAGCAAUAUAAAUCUGGUAAGGGGAAAACGGGUAGCUUUUCGGUUUUGUUCAGGGAACGACACCCGCUGCAAAAUUGUGCUGUGCUCAAUAUAUUGUAAUUGUAAAAACACAACUUGUGUUAGAGUAACCUGAACUAAUGUCUUUUAAAAACAGAGUUCUGCGUUUUGUACAUCCCAAGUAAACAACUUUCUAAUCUG